GCUUAUAUAUUUAUUUAUUUAUGUAUUCGUAUUAAAUCCCAGGUUGUCAUAUUAGUGAUUACAGACUCUAAUCUUUCUUCAAAUACAACACAUAUAUCAUAUCAUAUAUCAUAUAUGUAAAUAUAAUACCAAAGAUCGAUGAUGUAUCGUUUUCUGAUCAUCCUCCUUUGUUUAUGUAGUGCAAAUUUAACGUCAACAAAGAGAAUCGAGUAUCUUCCAGGUUUUGAAGGACCUCUUCCGUUCCAUCUCGAAACAGGGUAUGUGGGAGUGGAUGUGAAUGAGGAUGUUCAACUGUUUUACUACUUCAUUCAUUCUGAGUCAAAUCCCAAAGAUGAUCCUCUCUUGCUUUGGCUUACCGGCGGCCCCGGUUGUUCUUCAAUCUCCGGCCUCCUUCUGCAGAUCGGUCCAAUUGAGUUUCGCGCGGUGCCUUACAAUGGAAGCUUGCCCACCUUGAUUCCGAGAAUAUAUUCAUGGACCAAGAUGACAAACAUAAUUUUCUUAGAUAUUCCGGUCGGUACAGGAUUUUCUUAUGCAAAAUCAACACGUAGCGUUCAUUCUACCGACAUCCAAUAUUUUGACCAUGCCUACGAAUUUAUGAGAAAGUGGCUCAAGCAUAAUCCAGAGUUCACUUCCAACCCAUUCUACGUUGCAGGAGACUCGUACUCUGGAAUCCCUGUCCCCGUAAUCACACAACUAAUAUCAAAUGGAAACGAUGUUGGAACUAAGCCUUACAUUAAUCUCAAGGGUUACAUACUCGGGAACCCUAUUACUUUCCCCGCUACCAAUUAUCAAAUCCGAUUUGCAAAUGGUAUGGGACUUAUUUCAGAUGAACUCUAUAAGUCAUUGUUACAAAGCUGUCAUGGAGAAUAUCGAUCAGGUUAUAUAGACCCAAACAACAUAGAGUGUCUUCGAAACAUUGAGUUAUACCAGGAGUGUAUUAAUGGUAUUAAUAUGGAAGACGUGUUAGAACCGUAUUGUAGUGCAACCGUUUCGCCAAUAGAACUGCCUAGCCAAAUACGAUCUAAAGAGCGUCGGCCUCUUUCUGCAUCUUAUUGUCAAUAUGAUCCAAAAGAUCUAGUUAAUUAUUGGGUGAAUGAUGAUGACGUCAAAGAAGCAUUGCAUAUCCGAAAGCCAGCCGCCACUUCGUGGCAAAGAUUCUACCAUGUCGUGGUGGCCUCAAGACAAAAUAGUCGCGGAGACUGCCUUUUAUCACGCCGUGAAGGCCAAUCCUUCACGUUGUGAGAACUGCUCUGGCCUUCUUAAUGUAUUAGGUUCUUAAUCACCAAAGCAACCCAUCCAUAUGUUCCAGAAGGCUUUGCUUCACCUAAUGCAUUAUAAAAAUUGGUGCUUUAUUGACAUGCAUGUACAAUGCAUGUCUCUUUACAUUUUAGGUCAAAAACAUGGAGGAAAUAAACUCAAACUUGUGUAUGUGACCAAAACACCGUAGACCUCUAGAUCUGGAGCAUAUAACUCCAAAGGGACUUCAAGGAUCCAUAAAGUUAUUUACUUUAUGGAAUCUAUGAUGGGUUUUGGCUAUAAGAACAUCCUGUGUGCUCAUACAAACCCUAAUGUUUGGAUCUAGGUUUCUCUAUUGUACAUGCUUUGAAUCCAAGACUAUAAACCCUAAUUCUAGCAUAUGGAAAUCAAUAUUAACAUAAGAAUAGGUUUAUAAUGUUACCUUGAUUGUUAUGUAGCAAUAACAAUCCCAAAUCCUCCUUUGAAUUGACUUUGGAAGGCUUAGAGUCACAAGUGUCACUCCUCUAAUGGUUCACAAACACCAUAAGCAAGAGGAUGAAGAGGAGAGAGGAUGGAGGCUGCCAAAACCGUGUGAAAACCCUAGAAGGUUGCUUGUCCACGUUUUUAAGCCUUAAGGGUUCUAUAUAUAGUGAGGCUAUUAGGGUUAUCUAACAAGGAAACCCUAAUUUGGUUGCUUAAGCCCUAAGCAACCCAUAGACUCCUUUAAUCAAGCCCAUGGACGAUUUCCUUAUGGGUUUCCCCAUAGAAUUCGUCCACCUCUUGAUUCAAGGCAAUCCAUGGCCCAAAUUGCAAUUAUCUUAUAAUUACAAUUCCAGUCCCUUAAGUUUAAUUAAUCUCUUUUAGUCACAAAAACUAAUUACCAAUUAAUUCUUGACUAAUAUUAAUUAAACACUAUGAUUUCUCCUUUAAUAUAUUAUUCUCAUAAUAUAUUAAUAAAUCAUAUUUAAUCCUUUCUCUCCAUAAUUCAUCUUAUCAAGUUGCUUUGGUGAAGGCAACCCAAAAGGACCAUGCACCAUCGGGUCAAGUAAAUACCAAAAUAGUUAUGGACUUAGACAUUAAUCCAACAAUCUACUCAUCCAAACCAACAAAAAUAUGAAGAACAAGCCUCUAAAUCUAGAUUUAAAAGGUUUGCACACUAAAGAUAACAACUUGAGGACUUACAAAGGUCCAUUAGGUGUGCAACAAGAUGAUGAUGAUAUUUGUUUGUUAGAUCAAUACUCAAGAACACCUUCUUCUUCUCCUGCAAUUUCACAAAACACCUCAAAGCUUUAAAAGGACUAGAUGGAGGCUAGGGUUUAUUUGAGGGUGAAAGAGAUGUGACGGAGGUUGAGGGUGUGCAAACACUAAACUUCCCUUAAAUAGGGUUCAAGGCCCGUAAAAUAUGGUUUUGUAGGCAGGAGGUUUUCACGUCGUGACCAAUAUUUUGUCAUAUAGUGGCACUCAAA